CAAAGACUACGACUACCAUUGGCAACUAUAGUCCACUGGCAAACGCUAGGAUAUACGCUGUUGCUCCUGUUCAAAAUUGCAUUAUCACUGGUUUUCCACACCCUCCCUAUACCGCUAAUGCCGAUAUCGCCGCCUUUGUAUGCCAAGCUCUUCCCACAAAAUCACGAUGGCAGACGUAUGGCUCGAUGUGAUCAACAUCGGCAGCCUCGUCCAAUACCGGCGGGACAGCAUCCAUCAGCUCGAAUCAGACUUCACCCGCCAACACACGCAACCCGAUUUACAGAUCUUCUCGACUCCGCCUUGGCAGUCUCCGGGUGCCUCGCGUACAUAUACUCUCAGCAUUCGCCGACUCUACAACGGUCCUCCCCUCCCUCCGCCACCUAGAAUGGGCGCUCAGCGACUGUACACGGCUUAUCGCCUCCACCAACAGUACAAACCAGCUUACCCCGACUGUCGAAAGGGCCGUUCCCAUGCAAGCUACCCAUCGCACGCAACUCGCUCGGCCUCCGUCUCUAUAAACCUCGCAUAUAUUUCCUUCCCUGUCCUUCACGUCCUCAAACCGGUUUGCCGACACUGUACUCGUCACUCUGGCUAUCAGCCGGGCACGCUGAUCUUCCAUGACGUCAUCGGCAUUCAUUCCAGAUUCUCCUCGUGCCUCCUCACCCGCUGAAAUCUGCUCGUAAGCAACGAGAGUGUGUACGAUGUCUUCCCUAUCUUGAGGACUUGAGUAGUACGCACAAGACGAGGCGGUUCGAGGAGAUGCCGAGGAUGGUCAAAGCGAGGAACGAUUGCCAGCACAACGACCC